AUGAAGGAGACUGAAGAUAUCUUAAGAGCUGCAUUUGCGACUCACGAGAAGCUCAGCCCUCUCACAUAUCACAUACUGAUCUGGGGCUAUUGCAAGGUUGAAGAAUACGCUGAAGCUCUCAGGCUUUUGAAAUUGGAGUGGGAAUCAGCUAUGAGAAUUCAGAAGGAGAUGAAUGAAAAAGGAUUCAGAUUAAAUGCUAAAACGGCUGGCGUUAUGAAGGAGCUUCAAGCGAUGAUUGGUGAAAGAAAACCAUCAGCAUCCAACUGUUUUUAG